AUGGCCCUCAACCUUAUCAAGCAAAUUAUGGAGGAGGGCGACCCGUCUGCGGCCUCCGUUCACAGGCUGCUGUACGAGGCGGAGAUCGCCUCCCCAAUGCGCGCGCGCGAGGAGAUCGACUGCCCGCCCCGCCUCGUCGGUCGCGUCAUCGGACGUGGCGGCGAGACCAUCACCAAUUUGCAAAUCCGCUCCGGCGCCCGCAUCUUCAUCAACCAGGACGUGCCCGAAAACGCACCCCGCAAGAUUAUCCUGAUCGGCACCGCGGACGCGGUCCUGCGCGGCAAGGAGAUGGUCCGCGAGGUCAUGGAGUACGGCCCCCCCGAACACAACCGCCGCAACCCCUACCUCUUCAACGUGAGCGGCCAGGGCGGCCCCGGCGCCGGGAUGCGCGGCGGGGCGGCCAUGGCCGGCGGGCUCGGCCCCGCGGCCGCCGCCCAGGUCCCCGGGAUGCUCCCCGGCGUCCAGAUGAUGCAGGGCGGCGUCUCCGGGAUGCCCCUGGGCUACGACGUGCGCCAGGCGCCGCAAAUGCCGGGGAUGGCGCCGGGGAUGGUGUACUACCCGAUGCCGGCGUUCGCGGGCGACCAGAGGGCGCACCAGGGCCUCGCCGCGCUCGGGUCGAUGGGCCAGGCGGCCGUGUCGCGCGGCGACGGCGUGGGCGUCGGCGGCGGCGCGCCCGGGCUGGGCGUGGGCAUGCCGCGCGGGCUGGCGGCCGGCGGCGCGCCGGCGAGCCCGUGGCCGCAGGGCGUCGUGAUGGUUCCCGGGAUGCUCGGCGGGGCGCCCGGGAGCGGCCUCGCGCCGGGCGUCGCGCAGCAGCAGUCGCCGUACGGGGUGUCGGCGCAGCAGCUGUCGGACAUGAUGGGUAUGAUGACGCUGUCCGGGUACGCGCAGCCCGGCGUGCCGCAGCACUCGGCGGCGCCGACGAGCUUCGGGCUCUCGGGCGCGCCGGGCGCGCUCGGGUCGCAGAGCGAGCGCGCCGGCGAGCACCUGGCCGGGGUGGCCGCAGCGCCGCCGCCGGCGAGCCUGCAGGCCGCCAGCGAGGCGCUCGGGUUCUCCGCGGCGUCGACCGCCGCGCCGGGCGCCUCGGACGGGCUCAGGUUCGGAGCGCCGGUCAGCGGGUCGGGCGACGGCGCCUCGCACGAGUAUAGCGGCGUGGAGACGACGGACGCCGCCGCCUCCGCUCUGCCCCCGCUCGGCCUCGACGACAACGACCCGGCCGCGAAGACGCGCACCUCGCACGCGUGA